UCCACUCAGAUUUUACUCAGGGUGGGAAGCCCCCAUGCAUUAUUUUGGUCUCUGAGUGAGGGCAAGGCUUUGUGAUAACAAGCAAGGUUUGGAGAAAGAGAGGCUGCACCUUAAGCUUUAUUCUUUUUUUUUUCUUCUCAAAAACAGAGUGUGGGCUUAUUCAUGCUUUUCCUGUGGCAGCUGUGCACUGAUCAGACUAUUUGUUGAAUCUCGAAAGGCAUUCUCAUCAACCAGUAAAUCAGAGCCCUGAUAUUACAAGCAUAUGACACCACCCCACACGAGCAACAAACACAUGCUCAGCUAGAUAUAGCCUUAACUGGAAGGGAGCGUACAGCAAAGGAACUAUCUUCUAUGCAUGAGGAGACUUGGUGAGAAGCUGACAUGGUGACACUGAUUUCCAGCCUAGAGGUGCUGGUGUGUCUGCUCUGCACCACACGCUGGGCGGAGGGCUCCUUUCUGAGAGUCAACAAAGGGCUGAAGGUAAUGAAAGGGCAUUCAGCCUUCCUGGCAGAGGAAGACCUACAGUUUGACAUCCCCAAAGAGAAGGACGCAUGCAAGGUAGAGGUGGUCACCAAUGAGCCCAUCACCCAACGAGUGGGCAGGCUAACACCACAGGUGUUUGAUUGUCAUUUCCUCCCAGAUGAAGUGAAAUAUGUCCACAAUGGCUGUCCAAUUCUCAAUGAAGAUGGCAUCUUACUUCGGCUAUACAGGUUUACUGAGACAGCAACAUUCACAGAAGUUUUCCACCUGCACGUGAAGCUGAUUGAACCUGACUGCAACAUCAUCACGCUUGGACCCAAGUCCUUGGAGGUGCCAGAGUUCUAUGGCAUCUCCAACGUGAUUGAUAGGAACUUGCUGUCCUUCGACUAUGACCGGAAGCUGAAUUUAGAGUGCACAGUCAGGGUGGCCACUCAGGAGACCCUUCUUCCUGUUCACGGACAGCUAGUCAUCGGGGAACCCGAGAGGACAGAGCCAAGAGGAGACGAGCCACACAGUUUUGUCCCCAUAGGCCAGAGAAUAAUGAAUAGGGCAGGAGCAAAGUGUAAAGAUGAGAUCUGCCGGCAGGGACUGAAACUGGUUCAGACCACCAAAGUGAACUGUGACGACUUCCUACUGAUGGGCCUGAGGUACCAGCACCUGGAUCCACCCUCACCUGAUAUUGACUAUAUUGCUAUAAGGCUGGACCUCACUGACACCAGAAGCAGAAAUAUUCACAAGUCUGAGCAUGCUUGGAUCCCUGUCCACAUCAAGAACGCAAUCCCAAACCAGCCUCCCAAACCGGCCUUCAUGUCCAUGUUCAUCCUGGAGGUGGAUCAGUUCAUUCUCACCCCUUUGACUACAGGUGCACUAGACGCUGAAGACAGCGAGACCCCCAAGUCUCUGCUCAUCUUCAACAUCACCAGGCCUCCGCCUCAGGGCUACAUCACCCACUUGUCUGACCACACAAAACCAAUCUCAUCCUUCACCUGGAAUGACCUCAACGAAAUGCUGAUAGCCUACCAGCCCCCAAACAGCAGUCACACAGAGCGGAGGAACUAUGAGGUAGAGUUUGAGGUCCACGAUUUCUUCUUCGAGAGAAGUUCACCGAUUAUAGUGCAUAUCUCAAUCAGAACAGCAGACACCAAUGCUCCCAGAGUUUCUUGGAACAUGGGUCUUGAUCUCCUUGAAGGACAGUCCAGGCCUAUCACCUGGGACCAGUUUCAGAUUGUAGACAAUGAUAAUAUUAAAGCAGUUUGGCUGAUCACUGUGGAUGGGCUACAGCAUGGCAGACUUACUGUAAGAGGGGGCAAAGGCUUUAUGUUCACCGUGAGCGACAUCAAAGAUGGAGUUGUGCAUUACCACCAUGAUGACAGUGACACCACUAAAGACUUUGUAGUCUUCAGGAUAUUUGAUGGGCGCCACAGCACGCGCCACAAGUUCCCCAUCAACAUCCUGCCGAAGGAUGACAGCCCGCCCUUCCUCAUCACCAAUGUGGUGCUGGAGCUGUGUGAGGGCCAGACAGCCCUCAUCCAGCGCUCCAUGCUGCAGGCUUCUGACAUGGACUCCAGCGAUGACUACAUUGUCUUCAACAUCACCCGCCCACCACAGGCCGGGGAGAUCCUGAAGAAACCAGGCCCUGACCUCAUAGGUUAUCCUGUGCGUCGGUUCCUUCAGAGAGAUCUGUUCAAUGACAUUGUGCAUUACCGGCACUUGGGAAAUGAAGUGUUUGAGGAUUCCUUUGAGUUUAUUCUCUCAGACAGCCAUGACCCACCCAAUCUAUCAGAACCACAGGUUGUCAUAGUGCACAUAACUCCUGUGGAUGAUCAGCUGCCUAAAGAAGUACCUGGGGUUGUCCGGUAUCUGGUUGUCAAGGAGACAGAGGUUGUGCACCUGACCAAGAAGCAGCUGCACUUCACAAAUGUAGAGUCACCUCACAGAGAGCUCACCUACACCAUCACCACGCCGCCAUUCUUUAUCUCUAUUUAUGGGAGACCGGAUGCUGGGAAACUGUUCCUAGUAGACAGCAUCUCUAAAUUUACAAAAGAUCCGGCUGCUGCCAUGCUGAGGUCGUUCACACAGCAUGCUGUGAACUACAUGAAGGUGGCCUACAUGCCUCCAAUCCAGGAUAUAGGACCCGACCCUCAGCACAUACAGUUUGUGUUCUCUGUCACUAACCAACAUGGAGGCACAAUAAUUGGCAUCUGCUUCAACAUCACAGUCCUGCCAGUGGAUAACCAGCCACCCGAGGUGUUCACCAACCAGCUGAAGGUGGAGGAAGGAGGGGUGUGUCAAGUAUCUGUGCACCACCUGCUGGUAACGGACCGGGAUACAAGAGAGGAGAAGAUACGGGUUCGAGUGGAGAGAAAGCCCCAUCACGGGGAGAUGGAGCUGGAUGGCUUCCCCAUCAAGGAGGGGGGAACCUUCACUUUGCAGGACAUCAAAAACCAAAAAGUUAGAUAUCGCCAUGACAGCUCUGAGACGCUUCAGGAUGACCUUCUCUUAGUUGCUUCAGAUGGUAUCAAUUCUGUAGAUUUUGUUCUGCAAGUCAAGGUGUUCCCGGUAAAUGAUGAAGUGCCGGUGGUAAAACCAGGCCUUAAUCCCAUGUUGCAUUGCGCAGAGGGCCAGGAAGUGAUUAUCACUUCCGAAUACAUCUACUCCACCGACAGUGACAGUGAUGACCAGAAGCUCACGUACAUGAUUGCACGUCAGCCAUACCACGGAGUAGUGCUGAAGAAUGGUAACAUUGUGGAUCGGUUCAUCCAGGCUGAUCUUGUUGCUGGGGCUGUCACAUUCAGGCACACAGGAGGGGAGAUUGGACUGAGUCCCCGGUUUGACUCCAUAACCUUUGUUAUUUCUGAUGAGGAAGCCAGCACGCAUCAGAGCUGCUGCUAUGACGGGCCUAUUCCACCCUCAGUACGGCUUCAUGAUUUGCUUCCUGUGUACGACCUUAACAUCACUGUCUUACCUGUUGAUAACCAGCCUCCCACCAUCAUCAUUGGGGAAAUGUUUGUUGUUGAUGAAGGAUCUUCAGCCGCAAUAUCUAUCAAUCACUUGAACGCCAGCGAUUCUGAUACUCCUCUGGAAGAGUUAGAGUGUGUCCUGGCUUCUCCUCCACAGUUUGGCUACAUAGAAAACAUUCUGCCAACUCCAGGGUUUGAAAAGAGUAAUAUGGGCAUCAGCAUAGGCUCAUUUACCAUGAAACACGUGAAGGAACUCCAGAUUAACUAUGUGCAGUCUCGACACAAGGGGACCGAACCCACUGCAGACCAGUUCCUGCUCUAUGUCACGGAUGGCAAACACCGUUCCAUUGAAACACCCUUUUACGUCAUAAUCAACCCAGCUAAUGAUGAAGUCCCACAUUUUUUGGCAAGGAACAUCACUGUGCAAGAGGGCCAAAUGAAGGAACUGGGCCCAUCUAUAAUUAACGUAGUGGACUUAGAUAUCCCCCAAGACAACCUGGAAUUCACCAUAAUUCAACAGCCACAGCAUGGAAUGAUUAUGAAUGGAAUCUAUGAAAAUGACAUCACACGCUAUAAACAACAUAUCCAUGGUCACCACAAUCAUGAGCUUCCUGUGCAUGGUUUCACAAUGGACAACCUGAAGCAUGGAAUGAAGCUCAUGUACAUACAUGAUGACUCAGAGAACAUGGAUGAUGGCUUCACGAUUCAGCUGUCGGAUGGAAAACACGAUGUCCGCAGAUUUAUUUCAGUCAAGAUCUUUCCCGUCAAUGACGAGAAGCCCCAAGUUAUAAAGAAUAAUGGAUUGGAUGUGGUGAUGGGAGAGUCCAGGAUUAUCUCCAGUGCAACCCUCUCUGCAGAAGAUAAUGAUUCUCCUGGGGAACAUCUCUACUUUGUAUUUGAUGGCAUUCCAGGGCAAGGAGUACUCCAGAAGAAGGUAGGCUCUGACUGGGUUACUGUCUCUGCUGGGAUGAACUGCACUCAAGAGGACAUUGAUAUGAACCUCCUGAGGUACUUGCACACAGGAACUGUAGGAUCCGUCGGCCAGGAUUCCUUCAGCUUUCAUCUAUGGGAUGGGAGCAACCAGUCUCCAGCUCAGCACUUCUACAUCACAGUCAAGGACAUGGAAAAAGGAGACAUUGCGAUUUUUGUUAAACCCCUCAAAAUCUCCAAAGGAGAGCGGGUCAUGUUGACCACUGAUACUUUGCUUUCCAUGGAUGGCACUGACAAGCCUGAAGAGCUGAUGUAUGUCAUUACCUCUCCGCCUGCCGGUGGCCACAUCGAGUAUGUUAGUUACCCCAGGGUGCCCAUCACCACUUUCAGUCAGAUGGAUAUCGCCGCACAGACUGUCUGCUUUGUUCAUGACAACAGAGCAGAUUCGCUGAAGGAGGUGUUCAGAUUCGUUGUCAGCAACGGCAUGUCCACUCGAAAUGGGGCGGUGGAGAUUACCAUUGAGACCUCUGACCGUGUCCUGCCUACGGUCUCCCGCAACGCGGGCCUGCACGUGCUGGAGGGCUCGAUGAUGGUGAUUCCACCUGAGGCCCUGCAGCUCUCUGACCCAGACACCCCAGCACACAGCCUUACUUUCCAGCUGGCACAGCUCCCCCGGUAUGGGCAGCUCUCCCUGCGCGGCUCCCCGCUUCUUCAGCACAGCUUCACCCAGCUCGAUGUGAACAGCAUGGACCUGGCCUACAAACACGCUGGAGGGGACUCCCAGAUCGACCACUUCAGCUUUGUGGCAUCUGAUGGGACCAACCAUGGUUUCCUCGUUGAUGGGAAAAAGCAGACAGAGCCAGUCUUCUUCACUAUUCAGGUAGAGCAACUAGACAAGUCUUCUCCUAGAAUCGUUCACCUCCAGUGCAUAUCAAAGGUGGAAUUGUUGAAGGAUGGCCGUUACGGGAGCUACAUCUCCUCCAGAGACUUAAAAGCAACAGACGCUGAUACCAAGGACGAGGAGAUCAUCUUUCAUAUCCUACGGCCUCCGUCUUUUGGUUACCUGGAAAACACAACAAAGGGAGACUUUAUUCGACAGCGGUUUACUCAGAAGGAUUUAAACAGAAGACAUAUCCUUUAUGUCAUCAACCCAUCCCUGGAGGCCCUGUCUGACAGCCUGGAGGUUUUGAUCUCAGACCCAACAGGAAAUACUGGCAUUCCAGAAACGCUUGAACUGAAGUGGUCUCGAAUCGAGUUCUCCCAGUCUGAGUAUGUGGUGUGUGAAGAUGUAGGGACACUUUCAUUGCCAAUCACUAGAGAGGGCUAUGCGAUGGAUUCUUCUUUCAUUGGAAUCAAGGUCAAUGAGAUCUCUGCUUCUGAGGGGAAGGAUUUUACUAUCAGCCCCUCCAGCUUGAUCCAGUUUGAUCCUGGGGUUUCAGCCAGGACUUGGAACAUAGGGAUUACAAGUGACAGACUGGAAGAAGCUGAGGAGGUGUUUGAGGUGGUUCUCAACUCCCCUGUUAACACUGUGCUGGGAAGCAAGACAAAAUUAGUGGUGAAAAUCAUUGACUCAAAGAAAGGUCAGUGUAGUAACAGUAGAAACACUGGCCAGGUCCCAGCUAUCCCUCAACUAAGAGGUCAGCUAACCCCAGUCUCUGCUGAGUAUCCUCCCCCCAGCCAUGGUGUAAUUCAGGUGGAAAAAAUCCCACUUACCCCUGUGGAGGGCACUGGGUGGACAAGAGGCGACAUACCACAGGAAUACGAACCACCUCCACCAAGGAAAAGACUCAGGGUCAUCGGAAAUGGGAAAACGGUCCGUCCUUCAUAUGCUGCACAAAAUGGGACAGAUGCAGUGUUUACAUACCAUGGGAUCAUGUCACUCAGAGUGGAGGAUGAUACCUCUACAUCUAGCUCUGGUAAAAAAGCCAAGGUACUGGUGACCAGGAGAGGGCAGCAGAGGCAUCCUGUUGGUUCUCCUCGAUCAACUGAGCUCCUCCAUGCUGACAGAGCAGCUGCCCACUCCACAAAACAGGAUGACUACAGCAGAUCCUUUCCCAAGCCCUGCACACCUGACCUGAAAGGCCUUCUUCAUUUUGACCAGAGUGCCCAAAAACUAUUUGAUUGUGAUGGGAUUUCUUGGAAACCAUGGAAGCCAACCAAUGAUGACAUCAGUGCUAAUAAAUGUCCUCCUGGAUGGACCUACCAUGGAACCCAUUGCUACUACAUCAGCACUGACCACAAAUCAACAUGGAAUUCAGCUGCAAGGGCUUGCAAAGAAAUACAUCGUGGCAAUCUGGUUAGUGUUCUCUCAAAACCUGACAUGAUGUGGCUGUGGGACUUCAGCGGAAGGAAGCCAUUUUGGAUUGGCCUGAAUGACAGAGUGAAGGCAGGGAAGUGGGAGUGGCUUGGUGGAGAGCCAGUGUCCUUCACGAACUGGAGGAAAGGACCCCCACGGGCAUCAAGGAAGGCCGCAAAGAACUGUGUGUUAGCUUGGAGAAGAGGGAAGUGGCAAGAGAAAGAUUGCAAGAAAGGAAAAAGCCAUAACUACAUCUGCUAUGUGAAAACAUAAAUGAGGAAGCCUGACCGUCUGUGGGACACAAAAAGGACAUUAAGAAUACAAUUCAGGGAUCUAGUAUAAAACAGCGGCCUGAAGGUUUGUUAAUAAAACAGGCACCCCUUUAAGUUAGGGGGCUAUCUGUGAUUAUUGUAAUAAACUGUAUGACACUUUGAACAGGGUUACUAAUUCCAUAACCAAAGAAGAACCUUUUUUAGGUCUGUGUAUAGCAGUACCCAGAAGUGUCCAGUGUCAUCCUUUAGAAAAAGGAAAUGGGUUUAUACUUUAAAUAAAAGACCCAAACUAUUUAUGUAGCCAUGGUCUACUUGGUUAAAGGUAACUAGAAUAUUUUGUUAAAUUAAAAACUGUUACUUGUAUAUAUUUUAUUCUACUUGUAUUUAUUUUUAAUCAAGCACACAAUGCUAAAAGACGAGCUUUGUGUAACUAGUGUGUUUGUUAAACUACAUUUUACAUGGUGGUGAUUCUGGUGCCUUUGACAUUCAUAAAUGUUUUAACACUGUGACAAGAGUGACUGUCCAGUACUGCUUUAUGUUUUGUGAUUGGAAAGUAGUAAAACAUCUACAAUAGUAGAAAGUCUAAAAUACUUUGCAGGCCGCAUUUGUGAUGUACUAACUAAAAGUUUUUUUUUUGUGUGUGUCAAACAUAAUCAUGUUAUUUAACACAAGAAAUACCAGGGUGGUUACUAUAGACCAUUUGUCUUUUAUACAGGUUUCACAAUAUAUUAUAAAGGUAUGUUUGUAAUUGAAUUAAGUUGUAAUGCUUGGUAUCAAAGGGCCAUGAACCUCUCGUAUCCCAUACAACUGGUUCUGAACAGACACCAUUUCACUGUGGACAAAUCUCUUUGGCAACUUACCAUGGUACUUUUGCCAAAUCAUCCUUUUUGAUUGGAAAUUUACAUUUUCAUUGUUCCAUAGGCUUGAUAUUAUACACACGGUAUACAAGGAUGCAUAAUGUCAGCAAAACAUAAAAAAAAAAUAGUGUGAUGUCUGACUUGCAGAUUAACUGCAGACACUGCAUGGCUCAAUACAUAAUAACACACAAUCUCAAAGUGAGGAUGACUCACGAACACGAGUAGCAAAGUCACAAAUUUCUCAUGGAAUGCCAUUCUCAUACGUGUCACAAGACAUUACACUUGUGACCUAAACCAGAUAGCUCAUGAAGAUGUGCUUUUGAUCUAUGAAUAAAAACUAAAAUAAUAGCGCUUUUGUGCCAUUGUUAACAUGCCUAUACUUGCUGCCUGGCUAAUGUUACUUGGACCCAAUAGAAAUGAAAUGUGUACAGUAUCUCAACAAUACUGUCCUAUAGAACCAGGUAUUCCCAGAGCAAUUUUUUGUCUAAAUGUAUAUUGCCUUUUCAUUUUUCUCUAUUUCAGAUUGAAACUGAACAUGGUGCUAAAUUAAACUAAUUACAUUUUCAUCAGGUUUUGCCAAAGAUAAUGUGUCCAGUUCACUAAGCUUUAGCUUCAGUGCAAAAUUUGUCAGUGUAGCAAAAUGAAAAGGUUCAUUUGUAAUUUGUUUAAUCAAAUGUGGUAAACUUAACUCUGCAGCAAAACUACUAUGUUGGCUUACUUUCUAUUCUAUUUGUCCAUUUAUCAAAGUUCUAUGUUACUUUUAUAUUACAGUUAUGUAUAAAUAUGCACUGUAUUAAUGUUUAAGAAUGUAAUCGAAAUGUAAUUAAACCAAAAAUAUUUUAAUGUGUGUUAAUAUUGUUUUUAUAUACAUUUUUGUUACUAGUUUCUGGUGUUUUAUGUAGUUUGUAAAACAGUCAAGGGGACAGUCACUCAUGAAUUUGAUUACAUGUGUAAGCGCACGAUAACCCCCGAUUAGAUUAGAGAGAGACAACCUAACUUUAAUCAUGCAAUAUGUAUAUGUAGUUGUACUUAAGGACCAGGCUUUCUGUGUAUUUAAUCUCCAUUAUAUUUUUUAUCAAAUAAUGGGUUUACAGUCUUCCUGUCAGUUUAUUCCAUAUAUUCUUGCCUGAUUGAUAUGGGGCUCAGAUAUGCUCUGCAGAGUGUAAAGAAGACUCAAUACUGACUGUUGAGUCAUGACAUUUUAUGACAUGAGGUUUUGGUUAACGCCACAGUCUCCUUUUAAAAUUGGUUAGGACAUUUACAUUUAAGGUACAGUAGUUUCAGCUUUCUCUUUUGCACUAAACAAAGACACAACAGAAUUAUUUGCUGGGUUACAAUAGUUUUGUCUGUAUUAUCACCACCCAAACUGAAGCAGCCCCCCCCAAAAUAAAUAAAUAAAUAAAUACAUACAUCGGUUUAUUUAAAUUUUAUAAAAAGUGUGAAUUUCUGUUUGUUUUAUUUUUUCAUUUAUAACACCAUGUUUGUGUGUAUUUGACAAUGGAAUUUGUUCUAAAUUAUAACACAGUAUACUGACUAUCGAUGUUCUUGACCUUUUAAUUAGUAUGCUACAACAAAGAAACCACUUAUCCAUUUGCUUCAGGCUAGCAAUUAAUGCCUUUAGCUUAAUAAAUUAAUUAAUCCUGCUGUUAAAUAGGAACUGCUUCAGUAACAGCUUAUUGGCUGAUGUAACUAGGAUCUGCAUCUGCACAGUAAACACAACAUGGAAAUGCAGCAUUUAAAAUCAGUGUUAAAGAGCUUUGAUGUUCCCCCAAGGAACUAAAGUCUCACUUUAUUUAGAAGUGUUUUCAGUGUCUAUAAACUUUCUCAAAGCACAAAGUAAUUUGAAACAGGAGCAUAACCUCCAACCCCCCCUUUAAAAAGCACUGAGAAAAACUUUAUGAAUAACAAUCCUUAUUGAAUGUCUUAAAAAGAAAGCUUUAAAGAAACAGACAAACAAUGUGAGUUACAACCAACUAAACAAACAACUGAUGGUGAUCACUGAUGGUUGUGGACAUUUUAUACAGUGCUAGCAUUACAUAAUUAUAUCCAAUCUUAGUUUUGUACCUUUUAAAAGCCGCUAUAAAUGGCAGUGUCUUUAUUACAUUGCAUUAACAAAAGAUGUACCAACAAUAAGCCUGUUUUCUGGUUUAAAAAAAGAAAAAAACAUUGUUUCAAACCUUAACAAUAAAUACAACUUGAUAUUUGUAAAUGGUGUUGUUACUUGCUUUUUUGGUUUUGACAGUGUGCAGCAAAGCAUUAGAAAUUGCUUUUAAAAAGUAUUGGGCCGUAUUUUUACGUACAUUUUCGUUUGUAGGCCAGAUAGGCAAGAGCAUGAAAAUAGUCAAAUAUUUCCACAUCUAGACAGAGUAACGACCGUCUCCUACAUUAACGCUGCAUUACAAUGCGCCUUGCCCAAUAUGUAUUGCCAUGACUUUUAUAUUUGCUGUAUGAUAUGAUUUCAUAAACUUAUGAAGUGCUAAACAGAAAUAUUAUUAGAAAUAAGCUGGUUAUUUUUCUUAGGAUUGGAAAAUGCAAGCGUCAGGAAUACACAGAUAUAAUACUAUGUAACACAAUUUUUGUUCCUGGGUAGUAAGUGUUAUUUCCUAAUUGCUUAUGCCUCAAAAGUAUA